UGCUGGAAGUAUUUAGAACACAACGAUUUGAUUGGCUACGCAUCUGACACAAGCCCCGCCCACACGGCGCUGAGGUCCACCCACUUUGAGGUCUCUGUGCUGAAACAGACUUGGGAAACAUUCACAUCAUCCCACAAGAGAAGAACAAACUCCGGGUGCAGCAGCUGAAGUCAGUGACUGUCAAAGACAGAGUUUGUUAAAGAGGAGAUUGAAGACAUGAGUGAUCCAGAACCAUCAAGAAUAAAAAAAGACCAGAUGAAAGUGACUGAGCAAGAACUGAGUGAAGAGGAGGAGCAACACCGUGACUUCAAAACACUAAGAAGAAAAGCCAAAAAGCCACAGCAGACUUGUAAAGAUUCAUCACACCUGAAUGACCAUAUGAAAGAGAAACCUCUCAUCAAGAGUCGCUCAUUGGUGGAACAUUGUAAACGUCGCCAGAGAACUCAUAAUGAAGUGAAAGAACACGUGUGUCGUGAUUGUGGGAAGUGCUUUACUAGAGCUGACACUCUGCAACAGCACAAAAGCAUUCACACUGGAGAAAAACCUCACAAGUGUUCAUAUUGUGACAAGAGUUUCACUCAGGCGGGAACCAUGAGAAUACACGAGCGAGUUCACACUAGAGAGAAACCGUAUCACUGUACUCAGUGUGGAAAGAGUUUCACAUAUAGAACUAAUCUCAAUAUUCACCUCCUCGUUCACUCCGGAGAAAAUCCAUUCACCUGUGAUCAGUGUGGUAAAGAUUUUAAAACAUCACUUCAUCUCAAAAACCACAUGAGAAUUCACACAAAUGAAAGGCCUUAUGCAUGUUCAUUUUGUGGAAAGGGUUUUGCUCGGCUGGAUCAUUGUAAACGUCACCAGGAAACACACACGGGUAAGAAAGAUCAUGUGUGUCAUGAGUGCGGGAAGAGUUUUAUUAGAGCUGAUAAUCUGAAACAGCACCAAAGGAUUCACACUGGAGAAAAACCUUACAAGUGUUCGUAUUGUGACAAGAGUUUCAAUCAGUCUGGACAGCUGAAAGUACACAAGCAAGUUCACACUGGAGAGAAACCGUACUACUGCCCUCCCUGUGAGAAGAGCUUUAGAUUUGUAAGAAGCCUUGACAUUCACAUGAAAAAAUGUCCUAAGUUGUCACGAGCAACAUUUUCAUGUUAGAACAGUCAUAGUGUGAGAUAAACAAAAUAUUGAGUUUCUCUCAAAAGCCCACAAACAUUUAGUUUGAUUUUGUGAAUUUUGACUUGUUCUCAGUCUGAUUAAGGAACAAUAGAGUGCAGGAUGUUCAAGCUAUAAUCAAAGCUAAACUGAUGGACAACAACUCUGGAGCCACAUACCGGCUAUCUCCUACACAAAAGAUGAUCGUUAAAUUUAGGCAGAUAACUCAUGAGGAAUGUCAUGGUUUUUCCCCCCGAGGACAGAGAGCAAAAAACCUUUUGACCUUCCUCAGAGAACAGAAGUCUCGCUUAAAGAAUGGCUGUCCUAACAUAUCAAAAUGCAUAUGAUUAUCUGACUUAUAACCAAACAUCAUUCCAUUGCAUAAUGCCACAUCAUCUGUGUAACCCAAUGAUUUGACUGUUCACCUGUUGUUUAUGUGCAGUGCCUGAAGUGGGCAAAAAAGUGUUCUCUACCACCUUUCAGAAAUAAAAAUAAAA